AUGGAGUCCCAGACAGUCCUGGCAGAGUCCAGGCAGUCCUGGCAGUCCCCACCGUGGGGACAGCACACCCAGGAGAGUUAUACCCCAGAUCCCAGCUGUCCUGUCCCCGGCAGGCGACAAUCGGGACCCCCAGCCUGUGUCUGUCUGCAGAGCCCCUCGUCCCUCUGCUUUCCAGGACAAGAGCCCAUCAAGGUGAUCGGGGUUGUUCUGGGCAUCGGGCUGGCCCUGCUGAUCCUGGCGAGUUUCGGCUACACCUUCAUCCGCUGGUACCGGAGGGGCUACUCCCGGCGGCGGCCUGACUUUGUCUUCAACUUCUACCACUCCCGCGGGCUGGGGUCGGUGGCACUGGAGCUGGUGCCACCAUUCAGCAUCAGUGGCUCGCUGGGCACCUCGGGCAGUGGCUACGAGCCCUUCCACAGCCAGGGGCCGUGAGGUGGGAGCUGUGCUGGUGAGCAGGCUUUGGUUUGUGUUUCCUUCCCCAUUGUCCCUGGGAUGGGACAGAGGGACAGGGCUGGGUGCUCUUGCAGAGCUUCCUCUUGCUGCCUCUUACUCACAGCCCAGCACCAACAGAAAAAGCAACCAAAACUGGCCAGGGGAAUUCCUCCAUUUUCACUUCUGUAAGAAACGGGCCCUGAAUUGUUGGAUUUCAACUGAAAUGGCAAAGGUGCAGUUUCUGUUGCUAAAAAAGCUUCACAGAACCACAGAAUUGUUGGGGUUGGAAGGGACCUCUGGACACCACCUGGUCCAACCCCCCCUGCCCAGGGUCAGCAGGUGACACAGGAGUGCACCCAGGUGGCUUUGGAAUGUCUCCAGAGAGGGAAACUCCAGGAAUUCCCUGGGCAUCUCCUCCACCUGCAGUUCUUUCGAUGCAGCCAGGGUGCACAGGAGGUGCCUGGGCCGGCACUGGUGCAGCCUCCCCUUGCUUGGGAUGGAGGGAGAGGAUGCAGCCUCAUCCCAGGAUUCCCCAACACUGAUCCUGGAGAAAACAGCCACGUUCCCCAGGGCUCAGAGACCUCCCAGCCUCCUGCACACCCAGACACCCAGCACCAGCCAGCUGAGGAGGAGAGCCAGGAGCCCCAGAACUGAGUGACUGCAUUUGUGCAACUGUGGAAAAUGCUGUGAGAAAUGGGAAACCUGUCUCAGACCUCCUCCUCCUCCUCCAUCCAAUAUCUGCCACCACAUGGAGGUUGGUUCUGCACACUGCCACUACCAGAAAGUUCCUGUGGAGUGACUCCUGGAAUUUUUUGUGCCAAUUGCUCCCAGUCUCAGCAGAGCAGAGGCUGUGGAAGUGCCUGGGGCACAGGAGCAGCCAGGGGACAUUCUGUGGCCGCUGAGAGGGGCCCUGCUUGGCCAGCGGGGGCUGGCGAGGCACAGGGUGCCUUGGAACCGUUUCUGUGCAAGUUUGUCUCAGAAAAAAACCAAAUUAAAACUCGUGAGAGCCUCGUGGCUGUGUGUAGGGAAAGCAGUGAGGACAGAGUGGGAUUUCCAGAGAGUCAGAGGGACCAUCUGUGCUCUCGGUGGCUGAAGCUGAGCCGUGUGCUCUGAGCUUUCUCCUGGCUGAAAGGAGAUUCUGCCUGCUCAUGGAGAGGGGGAAGUGCCCCUUCCUGGGGCCUGGGAGCCCUCCGUGGUGAGCAGGAUCCAGCAGAGCCCUGCAUGAUGCAGGAUCCGGCCGUGGUGCCUGACGUCAGCAGCAUUCAAAAGAAAAACAAGAAAAAAAAAAGCCGUGCUUUUGAUGACUCCGUUUUCCAGAGGAAGUUGAAAAAAAUGAAGAACAAAAAACUCUAACCCCGAAAAUACACAGAGGCAGAAGAGAUGGGGCCAGUGGAGGGGCAGGAGGAGGCUCCCCGUGCCCUGCACAUCCCUGUGGGAUGCAGGGAUGGAUCUCACAUGGGAGCAGUGCCAUGUGAGAUGUAGGAGAAGGAAACACAGCAAGGAUCAGCCCCCUCCUCCUGCCCGCGCUGGAAAAGCUGAAAAUAAACCCAAAACUCUUCACCUGAAAACCACACUUCCCAAGGAGGGUUUCUGCCAGCAGUUUUACUUCCCACUGUGAAGGUUCCUGGAAAAGGAGUGACUUUUGGACAAACUUCCCUGGGGCCUGGAAGGUGACCCAGGGUGAGCUGUUGGGUCUCAUCCUGUUUCCAUUCUGAUGACAACUGUUCACAGCAUCACAGAAUCAAUUAGUUUGGAGAAGACCUCUGAGCUCAUCGAGCCCUGUGACUGAUCACAGCCUGUGACUGAACACCACUCUGCUGAGCAGAGCCCUGAUUGUUGUGUUUCCUCCACCCCCGGGUCUGGCUUGUCCUGCUCCUGUCCCUCCCUGGGGAUGUCCCACGGGAUGUGCACCCCUGUGGAAUCACCGUGAGCAGCCCAGCUCCUCUUCCCUGCUGCUCCUCUGGUGAUUGCUCCCUCAAAUUCCCCAGGGACAACCCCCCAGAAACUCAGGUGCAUGAGGAGCUCGUGGAGAGUUCUCCUUUUUCCCAGCUGUGAUGUGGAAACGCUUUUCCCCACGUGAGGCAAAGACACAGUGCCUCUUGCUGAUGGGGAAUGUCCAAAUCUGGAAACAGAAAGCUCAGCUUAUCCUUAGGACAGGAUGAGCAGACAAACGGACCAAACAAAUAGCAUCACAUCCUUUCUGUAUUUACAAAUGAAAUGCAAUAAAUAACGCCUGUGUCCAGAACA